CAAUUCUAAGAAGCAUUCUGGCUGUUCUGGACGUACCACGACGAACGUUUCCUGUACAUGCUGAUGGAGUUCGUGCCGGGCGGGGAGCUGUUCAGCUACCUGCGGAACCGAGGGCGCUUCAGCAGCAACACAGGGCUCUUUUACUCCGCGGAGAUCGUGUGCGCCAUCGAGUACCUGCACUCGAAGGAGAUCGUGUACCGCGACCUGAAGCCCGAGAACAUCCUACUGGAUAAGGAGGGCCACAUCAAGCUCACCGACUUCGGCUUCGCCAAGAAGCUGGUGGACAGGUAAGAGAGACCAUCAUGUGGUUGGGCUGAUGGGACAAUGUAGGAAAGCCGUCGAAGCCGAGCCAUGUAAGAGAGGGAGUGGUUUUCAACACGUCACCCUCGUGCCCAUAAAAACAGGAGAUGUAGGAAAAAGGAAACAUAGUGAUGAUUCCUGGUGGUCAAGCUGGUUGUUGCUGGGUGCCUUUGAGUCAAUUU